GUAACGGCCUGUUGAAUGUCUCUUAGUAACGGCCUGUUGAUGUCAUGUGUAUCGAGAAAGGUUAACACGUCUAGUCUCCCGUGUGCUAAUCCAAAAGAAAACCUAACGUGUUUAUUUGUAAACCGUAAACAUUUUACUCAGGAAUAUUUUGAUCACAAUAUCUUCGUCGGGAUGAUCAAGUUUAUCCGCUUUAUCACGUCAAAAAUUAGAAGUGGCAGCGAUGGGCAGAAUGACGUUGGAGCCUGCGGUCAACAGGAACAGCAACUGCACAUCACGGACUUGCCGACAGAAGUGUUGGCUCUCAUUUUCGAAUAUUGCUCUUACAAUGUCUUGGCUGGACAAGUGAGGCUCGUGUGCAAACGAUUCUGUGACGUCGCCACCUUAGUUCUCAAUUGGGGGUUCUCGACUUUGGGUCCCAAGAUUGAUCGAGCUACGGUUGAAAUCGUGCCUCGUAUGGGACAAGUUCAAACAAAAGAAGAACGUCGGGCAACGAAUCGAGUUUUCAUUGCACUGAUGAUUAUGAAGUGUCAGUACCGUCUGCUGAGAGCCGUCACCUGGAGACACAUUUGCAACCCUUACUCCGGCUCUGGGCAUCUGGAGUGCUUCUACGGCGGCAGUUUGCUAGACGAGUUCCUUAGGUUCCUACAACUGGCCCACGAAUGUCCGAAAGACUUGGGGGACAACUUGUUAUACCCAGAUUACAAAAACGAAGUCGACAUACUGAAUGUUCGGUGCUUGAUAUUCACGAACCACUUCGAGAAAACUACUGAGAAGUUGAACAACAAUUAUUCCAUCUCUGGGGCAAAGCUUAUUGACCUUUUUGACUGUUUAGUGCAGAAAGAUGGCAGGACGAUCCCAUAUGAACAGGCGGUGACAGCCAAUGGAACGGAAUGCCACAUCAAGGCUCGUUAUAGGAUGCCUUACACGUGGUUCUGUUCUCUACCUUCAUCUCAUGCUCAACCUAACAAGUGGAACGAAAAACAGAGACCGAUAUACCUUCGCAUGUGCCAACUAAUCAAUGGUAGAAACCAUUUCUUCCUGGAGAAGAUUCACCAUGAAAAAGAACUUCUAAUUCGGAAAGGACGCAAUAUUCUCAUAUUAAAAUACAUUCUACCUUCUUUAUACUAUGGGUUUCGCCAGAAUUUUGGCUGCUUAUUUUUUUAUGGAACCAUGAAACUGCUUGCCUUAGACUUGAAUUUCCACGAAGAACUUACUCCAGCCGGUCAGCUUUUCGAUUAUUUUAAUCUGGAUUUUUUGACUUCACAUAACGAAGCUGAUACGUCUGACGGCGUGGUUAAUGUUCCAGAGCCCUCUAAGAUGGAUCUGAAUAUUGACAUAGAACUUCACUCGCCGUUAAAACUGGCACCAAUAAAAUGUUGGGAAUCCUCUCAAGUACGAAUUGCGACUUCCGCCGAUGUUGCGGUCGUAUGGGGAUAUGACCAUAUCUUCUUCUGCUGAAUCAUGAACUAAAUUCCUUUUGAAUAUGACUACGAAUUGUUCUGUGUCUCUUGCAAACGGCCUACCUUCUACGUUUCAGCAUAUUACAAACUCUAGCAAACAUGAUUAAUACAGUUUUUUUACUUAAG